CACGGAACCCCGCCGCCUGUCCCGUCGCUCCCCUCCGGCUGUAUAAAUACACGGCGCCCCUGGCCGUGAUGGGCAUCGCUUCCUCCUCCGCCUCCUCCAACCCAGAAUCAUUAGCUAUGGCGCUCGCCAAGGCCAAGGAAAUCGCCGCCUCCGCUCCCGUCGUCGUCUUCAGCAAGUCUUACUGCCCUUUCUGCACACGGGUGAAGCAGCUCUUCACAAAGCUAGGAGCGAGUUUCAAGGCCAUCGAGUUGGAUGUAGAAGGUGAUGGAGCUGAUAUGCAAUCUGCUCUUGCUCAAUGGACUGGACAGAGGACUGUCCCAAAUGUCUUCAUCAAUGGGAAACACAUCGGUGGUUGCGAUGAUACUCUUGCACUGGAGAAGUCAGGGAAGCUAGUGCCUCUGCUGAGGGAGGCCGGAGCGAUCUCCGGUUCUGCUUCCAAGGAUACCAUGACUGCUUAGCUCGGCAUGCUACAUGUUACUAUGCUACAUCGUUCCUGUGUUAUGAAAUAAAAUGUAAGGUACUAAGGUGGAUGCCUAGCAAGCUCCAGACCGCUGUCUAUUGUGUCCAAAUAGCUGCCAAAUCUCUGUAAAACUCGCUAGAAAUAAAAUUUGAAAUUCUCUCGGUGA